UAAGCGAGGUGGCUGCAUGUGGUGGCGCGGACCCAGCGCCCGGGCUGGGAGGAGAGGAGGAGGCAGCAGGCUCCGCUCGCCGCUCGCUCCCGGCUCCCGGCGCUCCUCCCGCCAGCGGCGGCCGGCCGCCCGCUGCCCCUCCGUCCCGCUGCCCCGCCGGUACCUGCAGCAUGGACUCGGACUCCGGGGAGCUCAGCGAAGGCGAGCUGGUCUCACCCGCAGAAGGUGCUCCCCAGCCAACCACCACCUCUGCCAGAUAUCAAGAGGCACACUCCAGUCCUGAUUGUUUCAGUUCCAAGAAUCUUGCCCUGCAAGCCCAGAAAAAGAUCCUGAGUAAAAUGGCAACCAAAACCAUGGCUAACAUGCUAAUCGAUGACACAAGCAGUGAAAUCUUUGAUGAGCUGUACAAAGUAACAAAGGAACACACAAGAAACAAAAAGGAAGCCCAUAAAAUUAUGAAAGACCUGAUUAAAGUGGCAAUAAAAAUUGGGAUCCUCUAUCGAAAUAAUCAGUUCAACCAAGAAGAGCUGGAAAUUGUAGACAAGUUCAGGAAGAAGCUGAACCAAACUGCCAUGACAAUUGUCAGUUUCUACGAGGUAGAAUACACUUUUGACAGAAAUGUUCUUGCAGAACUUCUGAAUGAAUGUAAAGACCUUGUGCAUGAACUAGUAGAUCGACACCUGACACCAAGAUCCCACGGGCGCAUCAACCAUGUCUUCAAUCACUUUGCAGAUGUGGAAUUUCUAACUGCCCUGUACAGUCUUGAUGGGGAUUGUCGGCCAUACCUCAAAAAGAUCUGCGACGGCAUCAACAAACUACUUGAUGAGAAGAUCCUUUGAAACUACGCUCAAAAAUAAGAAACCAACCAAAAACUUCUCUCUAGAACUGGCCACCCUUCGUGAGCCAUGGUGAGCAAGCAAGCUUCCUUCCCACCGGCCUCUUACUCCAGUCUCCAGCAGGGGCCAGAAGGUGCUCACCAGGCUCACGAUGAAGUGGAAAACAAAUCAGAAAGCUAUCAAUUUUAAUGCUGUGUUCAGAUAAUUCAGUCUUUUCCAAGGAGCGGAGUGAACAAGGCUGCCGAUAUAUAUUGUUCAGAAACAGAUUGCUACACACUAUGAUCUUACUAGCUUUGUGUUCAAGGCUGAACAUGUGAAAAGAAAGUAAACUCAAAUGCAUGGCUAUGUAAAAAUAGACAGGUGAAGGCAAGAGAGCAACGCAUGGAUCUACCCCCAGGCCCUUGGUGCGUAUGUUUUUAUUAUUUUCACGCUUACUGAAAAAGCCUAGCCAGAAAGUAGGGCUGUAAUGGAUUAAGCUCACUCCUUUCAAAAGGAUCAGGAAUCAAGAUGAGAAGGCAUCUCUGAUUUUACACGGUAUUUAAGUCUAAUAAGGGAAUAACAAAUAAUACAACUGAGCAGAAGUGGGAGAAAACUUGAAGAACUGCAAUAUUUCUAUUAGAGUUUUGGUUUAUAUCUGCUAAUAACAGAGAGAAGGUUUCAUUUUAAUUUUGAAAAGCAGCUCAGUGGUUCAAGCUCAAAAGUAACCAGAAAACUAGAUGAAGUACUAUAUCAGUUUCCCCACUCUCAGGGUUUGCAUAUUUGGCAACAUCAGACAAGUUUAGGCUGAAGGUUGUGCUGCUCUUUAUGAUCUUACUGUUUUGCCUAGCAGAACAAAAUACUCUUUGUGAAGAUUUUGAAAUUGCACUUGUGAAGACACCAAUGGAUGGACGAAAUGUUUACUUCCCCUACCCUCAAAAUAUUCAGCCUAGAUAAAACUCCCAGUUUAAUGAUGUUAAUUUGUGCCUACAGUACAACAGAGCGAUAAAAAAGGAACCCCGUCCACAAUGCUUGAAGUGCCAUCCAAGUGUAGUAUAUAUCCAGAGUAGUCUUAAGAGAACAGUCUUAGCAAUUCUGGUGAGCUUCAUGAAUGAUUUUUUUUGUUCAGAAUGUUUUCAGUGACUUUUUCUUCUUUAAACAAAAUAUACCCGUGUCCUCAAACUGAAAACAUUAUACAAAGACAUAACCGUUUCUGUUAAGUUUUGUUUGGAUUGAGAGAGAACGGGAACAGAGCAGAUACACCAGCUUGCCACAUGCAGAAUCUUGCAGCUGGGUAGGUGCGGACCGAGUCUAAGUAAAUGAAAUACAUUCAGAAAUCUCUCCUCCCCUUGCCCUCUACUUCUUAUCCUCCAGACUCACCUCUAUCUACUUACACUUCAGUAUCACGUACCAUCUCCUUUUAGUUGACACAGAUAGCAAACAAUCCUAUUAUCUGGAGGUAACACCUUCCAUAUCACAUAUAAUAGAGCUGCACGUACGUGAAAAUUGACAGACAAGAAGAUAUAUUUGGAAACCCUUCCUCUCUAUGGAAAACUUCCAGUGUUGAUCACUUACUAUUUUAGGAUAAGAAAAAUUUAUGUUUCUCAUUUAAACUCUUAAAUAUUAUGAUAGUAGUGAAAACUGUUCAAAAUUGUAUUAUUCUUCUGUCUUUCCUCACCCCAGAAUAACUGUAUUUUAUCUCUUGCAACAACAGUUUUGAUUAUCAUACCUUUAUACAGUUGAGAAUACACUUACCCAGAUCAUGUAUUCACUUGAGUUGUGCUAGAUGCAUUUUUAUCUGUUGCCAGGAGAACUCAUUUCGGAGCACGAUAAAAAUGGCAGCACAAGAAGUUAGCAGAGCAGUUUGUAAGGAUGCAAUUUUUCCCCACAUAUUUCCUGUAAGAAGUGUAUUUAGUAGCAAAGAAGGUGGACAAUUCCUUUGCAACACAGCACAGUAAUGAAAUACCAACAUUUGGGGUUGCAAGUUCAGCCAUUUGCAGAGCCAUAUUAACAUGCACCAUUAGCUGCAUUUUUUCCAAGCACGUACUUGUCAACUGAUGCUUUUGAACAGUAUUUAUUGUAUCUACCACUCCUGUCCCAGUGCACAUGUCAGAUUUUGCGUGUUUGUUUCACUUGUGGCAAACAAAUUUAAGUUCUUUUUUUAAAGCCAGCAAGAGAUUAUUCAACAUUUAAGAUGUGCAAAGGAAAAGGAUAUCCUGUAUCUGUGACUUUCUGUGUGUUGCAAGUUAUCAAUAUUCAGAUUCUGGUAUUUUAGACACACCAGUUGAACAUCUGUUGUUUUAUUUAUAAAUCAGAGUAGCCUUAAGGAAAGAGAAUGUUUUCAAGUAUUUCUCAUACUUGCAUAUCCUGUAUAUUCAUUGUUUACUUUUGUACUUGUAGCUUGGUAUGUAAUAACAUUGCUAAAAUAUGGGCAAUGUUCAGGUCACCUUAAGUAUAUGAUGUAUUAUCAUAUUUGUGGAUUAAAAAUGUGUGAUUACUGCC